AUGAAGAAGUUACUACAAAACAGAGAACAAAGCUUAAAUGAAAAUGAGCGGGCGAAGGCCGUCGUGAAGAAGAAGGAGGACCCGAGUGCCAUCAAGGAGCGGGAGGUCCCCCAGCAUCCCUCUUGCUUGUUCUUCCAGUAUAACACCCAGCUGGGCCCCCCUUAUCACAUCCUGGUUGACACUAACUUCAUCAACUUCUCCAUCAAGGCCAAGCUGGACCUAGUGCAGUCGAUGAUGGACUGUCUCUAUGCCAAGUGUAUUCCAUGUAUCACAGAUUGUGUAAUGGGCGAAAUUGAGAAGUUGGGGCAGAAGUACCGUGUGGCGUUAAGAAUUGCCAAGGACCCUCGGUUUGAACGCUUGCCAUGUAUGCACAAAGGAACCUACGCAGAUGACUGCUUGGUACAGAGGGUCACUCAGCACAAGUGUUACAUUGUGGCCACAGUGGAUAAAGAGCUCAAGCGGAGAAUAAGAAAAAUCCCAGGAGUGCCUAUAAUGUAUAUUUCCAGGCACAGAUACAAUAUUGAGAGGAUGCCAGAUGAUUACGGAGCUCCUCGAUUCUAACCUGUCCAGCCAAGCCAUCCGUGCCAGGGCUGUAAGCCGGGAUCAGGGUCCUUCUGGUUCCAACUCUCCUGCUUUCUUUUCUUGCUGGGACUCUGUGCGUAGGACUGUGGGUGACAUCGGACUGACUUCAUAGCCUUGAUCUUCUAAGAAAAAGCUACUUGGAAGAACCUGUUUUUAUUCAUCCUUGUUCUGACUUGGCUUGAUUACCUAUAGCUGGGAGA